CACUAUGAUGACAUGUUUUCAAAUCCCACAUGAUGCAUGUUCUCGUUUGAUCUCUGUUGUGAUCUAGACCACUAUUAUGCCUGGAAUAAGGUUCUCUAAAAAAGCAGAUCUCAGAUCAGUAAAUUAUCAAUGCCAUCGUCCAGCACAGCAGACCUCAGAUUAGUAAAUCAAGCGUUGGCAUAUUCAAGCCAAUCAGAGCUCGAGCGUGUUGUGAUACAAGUGCGCGACGGAAACGCGUGUAACUGCGCGAUUGAAUGGCAUGAGGUUUAUUAUUUCGUUUUUAUGAACAGCACGUAGUCAUCAAAUCGUCUAUGCCUCGGAAUAUUUUAUCAUCUAUCGACUCGGAGAUCAUUCAUUGAGGGGGUCCCUUGCAAGGUGAUCGUCUAAUUUGGGGGUCCUUGGCAUCAAAAAGUUUGAAAACCACUGUGGUGUACUAUUUAAAUUGUGACAUUUAUGUAGAAAGAAUGGUGGUUUGGUCAACUGUUGCUGAUCAUUUAAAUUUUCCCUUUUCCUUAUAAAGACAUUUUAGUUGAUGCACCAUCAUGAUGUCACUUCUGGCCCAUAUCAUGAAUCUUUGAUUGGCUGUCAACGAGUACAAUGCCCUCCAUCGACCAUUUGAAACAGGGGUCAGCAGACCAAGAUGAGGCAGAAGUCAAUAGCCAACAUCAAGGGUCACUGCAGAAUCAGAAUCAUUACUUGUGUGGCUCUGUAGCAGCGUUCGCCAACAUAGCCAUCACAUUUCCCAUGCACAAGGUGUUGUUCCGCCAGCAGCUGUUUGGUUUGCGGGCUUUGGAAGCUGUGCGGCAACUCCAGAAGGACGGCUUACGUACUCUAUACCGUGGCAUCCUCCCUCCCCUGCUCCAGAAAAGCAGCACCAUUGCAGUUAUGUUCGGACUCUAUGAGGACUUCUCCCGGUUGUUACGGCUACAUGCUCCUCUAGCCCCCGAACUGAUGACACAGAGUGUUGCAGCAAUUCUGGCGGGAACAGCUGAAGCUAUCUUCACUCCGUUUGAGAGAAUACAAACUCUUCUCCAGGACCCGCGUCAUCAUGGAAACUUACAAAACACUGCGCAUAUUUUCCGGAUGCUGCUACAGCAACAUGGUAUUCAAGAGCUUUACCGUGGCCUUGUCCCAAUCCUACUGAGAAACGGCCCUAGCAAUGCUUUAUUCUUUGGCUUGCGUGGACCGCUUAAGGAGCUGCUUCCUGAGGUGGAGACUAAGGCUGGGCAUUUGGUUAAUGACUUCUUAUGUGGAGGGAUUCUGGGAGCAGGGCUUGGUGUGUUGUUUUACCCUCUAAAUGUAGUAAAGUCUCACGCACAGGCGCAGAUUGGUGGGGAGUUUCAGUCCAGCAGGGUGAUAUUGGCGACUAUUUUGAAAGAGAGGGAUGGGAAGGUGAACCGCCUCUUUCGGGGUGUACAUUUAAACUACCAGAGAUCAAUUAUCUCAUGGGGAAUUAUAAAUGCUACAUAUGAACUUUUACUGAAAAUGUUCUGAUUUAGAUGUUUUAAAAGAUGGAAAUGCACACAAAUGGCUUCCUUUAUUGUUUAAAGGGGUUGUUUAUUUUAUAAUUAUAAUUAUCUCUUAUUAGAUCCACUUAUAAUGUUAUAAAGUGAUGUUUGGGCACAGUUUAAAUGGUAAUUACAUUUUCCAAUCUAUCUCCUUUUUUUUUGUCUUUUUUUUUUUUUUUGCUGUAACUUUAACACUUCUGUAUGUAAACGUCCUCUUUGCAUUUGAAAUGAGUAACAGCUAUUUGCUCCGUUUUUGCAGUGUUAAAGGGAUAGUUCACCCAAAAAUGAAAAUUCUCUCAUCAUUUACUCACCCUCAUA